ACUGAUUCAGCCCUGCCUUUUCUUUUUCAGCCAGUAACUGAAGUUUGGUACAGAGACCGCUGGACUAGCCAUUGACUUCAUUGUGACCCUCAGGGAUACUGCACGAUCAGUAUGGCUCUACCCAUAGAUCCCAUGGAGGAGACGCGGAUGUACCAGCAAACUCUUCUGCAGGAUGGUCUAUAUGAUCUUCUGGAGAGUGAUAUGAUGGUUGAAGAUCAAAGAUAAGGAGUUUCCUUGCCACCGGUUGGUCCUGGCUGCUUGCAGCUCGUACUUCAGAGCUUUCUUUAUGUCAGGUGUGGGGGAGAGUAAACAGAAAGAGAUUGUAUUGGAGGAUGUGGAGCCUUGAGUCAUGGGGACGAUCUUGAAGUAUCUCUACACCUCAAACAUCAAUGUGACAGAGGUGUAGGUGCAGAGGUGACAAGACAUCUUCGCUCUGGUCAGCAUGCUUCAGAUCCCCUCGAUUUUCACUGUGUCUUGCUCCUCCAAAAGAGAUUGAGUUUUAGCAACUGUUUGGCGAUUUUUUGACUAGGCCUGAUGCUGGAUUGUCCUCGUCUGGCCAAAUCGGCAAGGAACUUCGCCUGUGAAUGCUUCCAGGUAAUUGCUCGUGAUGAAGAAUUCCUGCAGCCGACUCCAAGUGAACUGGCAGCCAUUAUCGCAUUGGACUCUUUGAAUGUCGAAACAGAGCAAGAUGUUUUUGAGGCUUUGAUCAAGUGGAUUGGACAUGACCAACAGAAGAGGCUGGAGGACUUAACGGGUCUGCUGGAUUGUGUCAGAUUAUGUCUGGUUCCCGAGGACUACUUCACCACAAAUGUUGAGAAACAUGAAUGGUUGAGCUCAAAUCCAGUGAUCACCAAGAAACUGCAACUGGUCAAAGAUGCCCAUGCUGGGAAGCUUCCUGAAGUCAAGAAGAACAAAAGCAAAAAGAGUGCAGGUCAGGAAGGAGAGGCGGAGGGAGAUGAAGAGCAGGAAGAAGAGCAGGAGGAGCUAAUUCCAGGAAUCUUGAAUGACAAUCUGCAGUUUGGGAUGUUCUUGAGAGACUUGAUCUUCUUGAUCAAUGACACUGCAUCGGUAGCUUAUGGCCCAAUGGGAAAUUAUUGUUAUGUAGCUACACUCUCCACCCAAAUUCCCAAAAACCACUGCAGUUUGCUCACAAAGGAAAAUCAGAUAUUUGUGGCAGGUGGAGUCUUUUUUUAAUGAGCACAGCAAAGACAAACAGAUCUAUUCAUAUUUUUUGCAGGUAAAGUACUACCUUCCUUCAUUUACUUGAUUUCAUAAAGUUUAGUUUUCAUUCAUUAUUUUCUUAUAGUCAUUAAUUCUGCACAUUGGGUAGUUUAUGUAGUGUACAUAAAUCAUAGACAACGUGUUUUUGUCUCUAUCCAGCUAUAUUUAGCUAUUAGUGAAACUAAGACCCCAUGGAAUCACUAGUUUUCUGUGAAACGGAGUCUGGGCAGGAUAUUUAGAUAUUUUGGUCUGUCCCUUAUUGUUGAAAAAUAAAAAAAUAAGAUAUUUAGCAUAGUUUUAGCAAUUUUUCUAAAAUGUUAAAAAUCUGUUCCUAAAGAAAAACCAAACUUGAACUAUAUUGUAAUAUCAAGGGAAUGUUUUGCAUUUGUUGGGGAUGACUUGGAGUAUUUUCUGUGAAGCACAUGGAAGACAUUUCUCUUUUUUUUUGUAGUUCGGAAUGAAUAAUCAAUAUAUUUUUUUUUUCCAGUAUUUUAUAGACAAUAUAUUAAAUGUAAUGGUUUAUUUUUCUCUUAUUCUAAAAGUUUAAGUAGUCAGUGUUUAAGGAUACAAUGACACAGAACCAUUUCACGAGUCUGGCUGGCCAUCCAGUCUUAAUAGUUCCAAGUAAAUGAGUUUGGCUUGCUGUCCUCAACAGAGGUUCAAACCCAAGGCUCGGCUUAAGCUGCUAAUUCGAUUACCUUAUUGUGGUACUACAUAAAAGGAGAAUAACAGAAAUAGAGGUGGAGAUGGGGAGGUGGAGGAAUAAUUGUCGCUGGGAUGCAUCACUAAAAUCUGAUACUCAAACUCAUUCCAUGAGAGUGAUCAAUUUGAUAUUUAACACAAUUUAAGAUUUGAAACAAGUGAGAACAUGCACCGAUAUUGUGAAAAUGCGGUUUCUUAAAAAACUUUUUUUUUUUAUUAUGGACGGAGCUUCUUGUGUCAUGUGUACAUUUUUAAAUGUAUUGUUAAUGUGACAUUUCUGUUGUUCUGAAUGAGAGAAACCUCCCCCAAAAAAGUCAAAAACAAACACAAAUGCUUGGUGUCAUGUUUCAUUUAGUUCACUAUUGAAAUGAUUAUUUUAUUUUAUUACAGACAAUAAAUACUACCCAGUACAAUAAGUGACAUAAAAUACAGCCUCAUUUUAUUAGCACCGCUAGACUCUAGUCCUUGUAUUGUUUAGUAUCCUGCUGACAGAACCAGUAUGACUGCCAACUGCAUGUACACAAACUUAACUAAGACAUAUAGAAUUAACAGUCAGACUCAUGAUUGGUUUAAUACAUUGAAAGUAUGGGUAAGUUUAAGUAUUACAUGUUAGGUACUAGUUUAGAAAAACUGUUUUUUGAAUUUGGUUUCAAAAUGUCUUUUCAAGAUUGUGAGUGGUUUCUUUAAAAUCUUAAACAGACAAUAAGAAAAACUACCCAAACUCUGAAGUGCAAAUCAUCUUUUGCUAUCACUUCUUAUUUAUUACAAAAGGAUAGCACACACCAGAACAAACUAAAAGAACAGACAAAUCCUUCUUAAUAUAAAUCUUACUUUCUUUUCACUUAAAUAAAAAUUAAAAAUUAAAACAAGAAGGGCACAAACAUCCCAAAUCUUUCUCAAUAAGCAGCAAACUAGGCUAGUAAAGUAUGCAAAAUACAAAAAAGAAGUUUUAAAGACUUCCACCUUUUGCAACCUGCAAGAGAAACAUGCUCUUUCAGAUGCACAAAAUCAAAUCAUUCAGCUCUUCAAUAGCCUUUUACUUACUACAAUAUUUUCAGAGAUGGAGGUUUAUUAACCUCUGUGCAAUUUCACUUCACAUAAAAUAUAAGACUUUAAAGAACAAAAGCAAGAGAAAUUAAGAAAAAAAUGGGCAUAACAAAAAACCAGCAGUAUGUUUUUUUAAAUCUUAAAUUCUGUGGUAAUUCAACUUGUGAUAAGACCGUAAUGCAUCUUAGAAAAUGCUUCAGGGAAGUUUUUAAUAUUUAAAUAUACAUAUUGAAAAGGAAAUGAGAUGAAAUAUGUUUAAAUAUAUUAACGAGGGCUUUAAAAACAUGCAACCUCAGUGUUUUAGUAUAAGGUGCAAUAUGACAUUGAAAAACAUGUAAAGAACACCAACAACAGGGUUCGAUCUGCGGCAAAACCACAAAAAGGCUUGAACAAUCAUCAUCUGGCAUAACAUUAUUGCAGGAUUUCUACCAAAUACAUAAUACAUAAGUCCUCCUGGUGAUGGUCUCUGUUCAGAUAAACAUUAACUUCAAACAUGUGAUUUUUAUUUCAAUCUACACAUUCAUGAUCAUGGCAACUCUAUUCCAUUACACACUCAAGGCAGGUUUAUUAUAGUGCUUCUACAUUGAGCUGGUUAUGACUGACAAAUUGACUUAUGAACAUAUUGAUCAAUGCAGAAUACUGACAAUUAGUGUGGGUCUUAUUGCUUAAAAAAAUUACAUCAGUUCAAUCAGCUUUGCUUUUUAAUAAUGAUUCUAGAAUUUCUACAAUUACAUUCCAACUGUAGAGGGACGCUGUAGCCAAAAAAUGAAAAUUCUCUCAUCGUUUACUUAUGAAAAACUUGAGCAUUUUGCUAUUUUAUGUAAGCCUGUUCCCACCACAAAAUAAAAGGAUAAAUAAAAAGGUUAUUGCUUUUUAACUGAGUUUUAUUCCAUGGCAGAAAUGCUCUUCCAUAAUUAAUAGCACAGCUUGUGAAGAAAUACAUUAAUAUGAGUUUCAAAUGAUAUUAAGAUAAGUAAAUGGUAACAGAAUUUACAUUUUGGUGAACUAUCCCUUUAAUUGACCGUUCUAGCGGGACUUUCUAAAACUUCUUAUAGAAACACAUACCAUUUAAAAACACGUGCUAUAACCUGCAUUAAGAGGAGGUUUCUAACCCAGGAACAUGACUGAUGUUCUGAGGACAAUGUAAGGUAAAGUUUAAGAUGCAAGGCCAAAUUUAGAGUUUAUUCCUCAUAUAUAAGCUUAUUUCCAUCUUGUAAGAACUUUCAUGAAUGCUGACAUACACAUCACAUUCAUUUGACCCCAUUAAGAAUGUAAACAAAAGAAAACUGAUUAAACAAAAACUGAAAGUAAACACAGAAUUAUUUACAGACUAUGUAUAUUUAUAUAUAUCAUAUGUUUGUGUAUGUGUGUGUGUAUAUAUGUAUAUUACCUAUUAAAGUACUAUAUUUUACUGCUCCUA